CCGAGGUGCAGCAGUCGACCCAUGACGUCCGUGCAACCGAUGACUGCGCUCGUCGCCGACUCUACCCCGUUCACUGCGCGUCGCGCCACAACCAUGACGGUGUACCAGGACACAGGAACCAUCGUGAGCGUCAUCUGGGCCUUGGCCGGCGCCUUGUACCUCGUCGGCACCUCGGUCUUGAGCAUCUACUUCGUGGACCUCUUGGGCCCGAGCAUGACCAACGACCUCUUCUGGGCGGGCUUCAACACAACAGGCACGCAGUCGUUUGUCGCCGACGCCUUCAAUCGGGCGCUCACCUCUGCGACGAACGUCUCGACCGCGCUCGAUUUACGCAGCCCCGGCCUCUUCUUCAACAGCGACUACAGCAGCAGCGUCAACCAGGUCGGCGUCAACCCCUCGUAUAUUCGGAGCGUUCUCGAUACCAUGACGCUGCAUGAAGCUGUCCGUGGGCUCCGCGCCGUCACGAUGGAGUAUGCGCUCUGGCUGCCGACGCAAAACUGCUGGGUCGACAUGGAUCGUCGCUGGGAGCUUGCCCACACGCUGCGGCGCCAAGCCCGGUGUGCUGCGUUGGAUGGCGACAACGCAGCCGUGUACCUCGAGGCGCUGCUUCGUAAUGUCGACGCAGACAACUGGGCGAGCACGGCGGGCUCGGGCUUUCAAACGGCGAUUCUCGACGCAGUAUUACAUGAUGCCGAUGGCCCGGCGUGGGUGGCCGCGACGGCCAGCGCCGCCACAUCGGUCGACGACGAAGUCACGUACUGGGCGACGUAUAAUCUACGCCGGUUUGCACUGCAUUGGCACAACCUCUGGCAAGGCGGUAUCAAGGAGACCGUUGUGAUCGCGAAUGCCCUCGGCAUGGAAGAGAGCAUUAGCGUCAAGAACCUGCCAAUCGCGUCGCGAGAUGGUACGUGGACGAGUCUCAACUGCUACUGGGCGCUCUUCAACGAUAUCUGGGCGGCGGGCUUACUCAACACGUCCCUCGUACGCACCAAUGGCAGUGAAGUGGACUUUGAAAUCGUUGUUGGCGUCGACCCGACCUUGCUGCCUGUACAGCUUUGGCAUGCGCACAUUGGCCCGUUCCUCUCGAUCGACAUGCGUCACGUGCCACUUCCGCCCUCGCUGGCGUCGCUCGCGAUCUUGUUUGACGCAGCGUUCGCACGCGCCAUCGCCAAGAGUCCAGAGCUACUUCACAGCAACCGCACCGUGCUCGCGACGCCGUCGUCGUGGCAACAACCGACGCUGUCGUACUACGGCGGUAACCCUUUCUGCGUCACAGGCGCCAACCAGACGUACGCCCAGCCAACGUUUGGCUUUUACGACAUUUGCGGCGCCCAAGACCAGAUGACUUUGACGUACUCAGCGCACAGCCUAAGCUUUGCGCUGCUGGGUGCGAGUACCAGCGCUAGCAGUAUCCUGCUAUCGCCACAAGAGCUCUGUGACCAUUCACCCGAUUGCGUGGGUGACCUUGUCGCCGCGACCUCGUUCGUCGCGGGCUCCAAGGACUUUGCAGCUCUCACGCCGCUUUCAGCCAUCGCAGCCAAUGUAUUGUCAACCCUUCAAGUCGAGGUCAUGCAGUUUGCGAUGGUCAAUGGCUCGGACCCAAUCUUACUCCAUCAAAUGUUGAUGGAAUGGGGUGUCUUUGGCUGGGUGCACCUCUACGACUGGGCGAUCGGGACGCGGGAAGUGGUCAAGUUCGAAGGUGACGUCGGCUCAAUGACGCUCAUCUCGACAGCAGUACCCCCGAUCGGCUUUGACGCCAUGGCGCUGGAAGUGCCCCGGAGCACGUGCAACUAUCUCUUGUACAUUGCUAUUUACUCGACCGCUGUCCUGGGCUUUGUCGCGGCAUUUGCGCUCCUGCGCUGUUUUUGGAUCGAGUUUCGCAUUGCGGGUCGCAACCUCUUCUUCUUCAACCGCGUCGCCGCCUUUGUCUGGGUCGGCCGCCCCGUCUUUCUCGUGCGAGGUGUCACAGCCAUCAUCCUUCUAAGCACAGCGCCCAUGACGCUAACACCGCGCCACGGCUGGACCGGCCUCGCCUUUGAGACGCGGUCCUUUCUUGAGACGGCGGUUUUGACGGGCGAAGUCGCUUGGCUCUCGUACGUCCUUGUUGACAUUCUCCUCAUUAUCUUCCCCGAGAACGCACCCCAAUACGCACCGUUGAGCGCAGCCUUGGCGUGGGUUGGUAUCCUUCUCUAUUCGAUGUUGAAUCCGGUGUCGCCCACGGCGUCAUUGGAUCGGACCUGCGCGAGCGUCAACUUUGAUUGCCAGCUCAUUUGUGAAAGCGGACGUCUUGAAAUCGGCAGCUGGGUGCGCACGGAGACCCUGGUAGCGAUCACCGUAGGGUGCAUUCUCGUUGCCAUUCCCCUCGUGUAUAUGUGUCGCCGAGUCGCACGCAUUGCGCCGUGGAGUGGUCUUGAACAUGAAGUCAAGCCGACGGUAAUUCCGGCGGCCGGGGAAGCGUUCUUGAACCUCCGCGUGCUCACGCUUGAGAACUCGGUCAAUUGGUGCAUGGACCAUGCCAUGUGCACACUCUGCGGGCUCAUUCCGUUUGAAGUGAACGGCAGCAACUACGUCUUUGACAUCAAGCUCUGGGUCGUCUGGAAGAAGAAACAACAGACGCCCGAGAAACAUGCAACCGAACAUCAAAGAACCGACUCGACGCUGCACAUGCGGUCGCCGUCGCUCUCGAUGCGAGCGCGACCCAUUGCAGCAGCGAUUCUCCUGGCGCCCCUCACCGAAGCGGCUUCCGAGACAAACAGCGUCGUCUUUAUCUCGGUCUCGGGCCAGAACCUCGCCAACGACUUUUUCUGGCCCGGCUUCAACAGCACCGGCAUCGACGCCUUUCUUGGCAAUUGGUUCAACACGCAGCUGUUUUAUGCCACUUUGCCCAUGACGUGGCGCCUCGACGACGUCGGGUUCGCUGAUGCAUUGCUCUACAAUGGCUCGACGACCUUGGUCAUGUCCCAGUCACUGUACAACAACGUCAUCUACAUGGAGACCCUCGCGAAUGACCUCGGUGCUGCGAUCGCCGGUCUCCGGAUGACGCCCCCGAGCACGCUACCGUAUGUGUUUACCUCGUUUUGCUACCUCGACUUUGAGCGGCGCUGGGCCAUGGCCAACUCGGCGACUCGGCAGUCGCGGUGCGCAGCCUACCAUACGAACGGGGCAGUGUACCUUGAGGCGUUUUGCGGCCGGCAUGGCCUGGCGCUCCAGUAGUUGCGAUCCUGGCACGAGUGUUGCGGACGAAGUGCGACUC